AUCGACACAAUCGGUUGCAGUGAAUUUAUAGUGGUGGAACAGCAUACGUUCGAUCGGGGUACAAACAACGGGUCGUGGGAGAUCUUAUCUUUUUAGAAUGUCUUAUCUUACCCAGACCGUGGUACAAGCAGAUAAGUGAUAACGCUCAAGUUAUUUUAAUUGCUCGUAUUGUUGUUGUUUUUAACUUAGUUUUAAGUGUUUUAUUACGAUAAAAUAUUUUUUUUUAUAAUAUAUUUCAUACCAACUAAAAAGUUAUUUUGUGAGUUACGUAUACACAUCGAAAUGUCCAACCCGGUGCUAUUCCACUAGAUUCCAUCAUUUACUACGCUGUGACGAUUCCUGCAUUGUUUCAUUUACUGAUACAUAUUAUUAUGUAUAGUAGUAACAUUCAACAGGUUUUUAAAUGUUGAAAGUAAUUAAUAUUCAACAGAAUAAACAUGUCUCGCGGAGAAAAAACCAAGCCAACCACUGGUUUUCUAGAUACAUUAUUUGGACGACCAAAAAAAUAUGGGUCAGCGACAUCAUCACCCAUCGGUGGUGUCGGUGGCAAUGGUAUCUACAGCAGUGGAAGUACAUAUGGUGUUGGCAGCCGCUCUUUGCCCCGCAUAAACUCGGAUAAUGAUAUUUCAUCGGGUGGUCACAACGAUGCAGAUGAGUGUGAAAUGUUUGUUGAACAUUUAGAUGUAGAAGCACUCAAUGAUAAGUUUGAAGAAAUGCUGGAUGAUAUGAAUUUAACCGAAGAGAAAAAAACCCCAAUAAGAGAUCAAUCAGUUGUGAAUAAAAAAAAAAUGUUAAUGAUGCAUUAUAAAAAAUCAAGUAAUGAAGGAAAUAAAAAAACGUGUGACAAACCUACGGAGUAUAUCCAAUAUCUUUCUCAACCAGAUUUAAGUGCCAAUAAGACAUACAAUUGUGUAGUAUCCCUCCGCAUUGCCUUAACUAACCAUCCGUUAAGCUGGGUUAGUGAAUUUGGCACCGAAGGAUUGCGUCAAGUAUUAUCUGUACUCAAUGAAUGUUAUCGCAAUGAUGGGAAAAAUGCUCAGUUUGCUCGUAUACAGUAUGAAUGUAUCAGAUGCUUAAAAGCAAUCAUGAAUAGCACUGUUGGCUUAAAACAAAUGUUUGGACACAAAGAAGCAUUGACUGUUAUUGCUCGAUCGCUUGAUAUUAAUAAGCCUGCUGUUAUGCUGGAGGCAGUAAAAGUCUUAGCAGCUGUUAGCUUAAUACCUCCAAAUGGUCAUGAGAAAGCUCUUGAAGCCAUAACUAUGAGUGCUGAUAUUGAAAAUCGUUGUCGAUUCUUACCUAUAGUUCAGGGCCUGAAAACUAUAGGAAAUGAAGCUUUGAGAGUAGCUUGCUUGCAGUUUAUUAAUGCCAUUGUGUCCACGCCUGAAGAUUUAGAAUUUCGUGGUCAUUUACGAAAUGAAAUCAUGCGAGCUGGCAUGUAUGAUGUUAUUGAUAGCUUAGAAAAAGAUUGCAGUGAAGAUCUUAGUAGACAAUUAAACAUAUUUAAUGUACAUAAGGAAGAUGAUUAUGAAGAAUUAGUUCAAAGAUUUGAUAAUGUACGCAUGGAUUUUGAUGACGUAGGAGAUUGUUUUGAUGUCAUUAAAAACAUUGUGGCUGAUUCACCUGCUGAACCAUAUCUUUUAUCUAUACUUCAACAUUUUCUAUUUAUUAAAGAUGAUGUUUCUAUCAGGCCUGCUUUUUACAAACUCAUAGAAGAAUGUGUAUCACAAAUUGUUUUACAUCGCAAUGGCUGUGAUCCGGAUUUUCAUGCUACAAAGCGUUUUCAAUUAGAUGUACAACCAUUAAUUGACACUGUUGUUGAAAAAUCUAAAGCUGAAGAAGAUAGAAGAGUUGAAGAGUUAAAAGAUAAAUUAGAACACGCUGUAGCUACUCGCCAGGAAGCAGAAGCCAAAUUAAUUCAAGCUGAAACUACGAUAAAAGAGUUCAUGUCAAACUCAUCUAUGGAAAAUAAUGGGAAAUCAGGAUUAAAUAAAAAGCAAGAUGGAAAUACUGGUGGACCUCCUCCACCACCACCACCACCACCUCCACCACCUAUGUUUAUUGGUGGUAAUUUCCCACCUCCGCCUCCUAUGCCUGGUUCUGCUGGUCCACCUCCACCACCACCACCACCAAUGCCUGGAGGUGGUCCUCCUCCACCACCACCUUUUCCAAAUAUGAUGGGAAGUGGAAUACCUCGUCCACCACCUCCACUUGGUAAUUUAGGAGCUCAACUACCUCCUGGCCUUAAACCUAAGAAACUGUGGCAUGUGGAAGGUAUUAAACGAGCAAAUUGGAAGAGUAUAAUACCUCAAAAAGUAUCUGAUAAAUGUUUUUGGGCACGUGUUCAAGAAGAAGCGUUAGCAUCCAAUGAUAUAUUACAAGGGUUAUCUGAAAAGUUUUCUUCAAAACCAGCUCGAAAAAAACCAGAAGAUUCCACUGACAAGACUAUGACUUUAAAGAAAGUGAGAUGUUUAAAAGUAUUAGAACCAAAAGCUUCCCAAAAUCUUUCUAUUUUAUUGGGUGGCUCAUUAAAACAUUUGAGCUAUGCUGAUGUGAAACGUGGUGUUCUUAAAUGUGAUGAUGUAGUACUAAAAGGCAAUGUACUGGAUCAACUAAUCAACUAUUUACCACCACCAGAUCAAUUAAAAAAACUAAGAGAUUUAGAAUGCCCUUAUGAGGAUCUUGUAGAAGCAGAACAAUUCGCUGUAACUAUGGGAGAAAUUAAAAGACUGCUACCUAGGCUAAAAUCUUUAAGUUAUCGACAACACCAUCCUGAGAUGGUACAAGAUAUUAAGCCAGCCAUUGUGGCAGGUACAGCAGCUUGUGAAGAAGUUAAAAGUGGUGUUAAAUUUAACAAAAUGUUGGAGCUUGUUUUAUUAUUGGGAAAUUAUAUGAAUAGUGGUUCACGAAAUGGACAAGCUUAUGGUUUUGAGAUAAGUUUUUUGCCAAAACUCACUGCAAUAAAAGAUGUAGAAAAUAAAUCAACUCUUCUUCAUUAUCUUGUUGAUAUAGUUGAAAAAAACUAUCCGGACUUAAUUACAUUUGGUGAUGAGCUAACACACUGUGAUAGAGCUGCAAGAGUAUCGAUUGAUGUUAUACAAAAAACAUUGCGUAUUAUGGAUACGAGCUUACGUAACCUCGAUGUAGAUCUUACUAAUAAUUGUAGUAAACAACAAUGUGGCGAAGAUGAUUUAUUUUCAGAAAUUAUGACUCCAUUUGCAAAAGAAGCAAAGUCACAAUUUGAAUUGUUACAAAAUAUGUGUAAGAAAAUGGAAGCUUUAUAUGAUGAUUUAGCUGAAUAUUAUGUGUUUGACAAGUCAAAAUAUACCUUGGAAGAAUUUUUCACCGACCUUAAAGCAUUUAAAGAUAGUUUCUAUGAAGCUCAAAGAGAAAAUCAUAAACGAAGAGAAGCAGAAGAAAAAAGUCGUCGUGCUCGAGAUGCUCGUGACAAAGCGGAGAAAGAAAAAAAGGAACGUGCAGCACGUAAAAAAGCCCUAAUUGAUAUGAAUGCAGAUCAUACACAAGAAGGUGUAAUGGAUAGUUUAUUUGAGGCAUUGCAAACAGGAUCUGCUUUUAGUCGUGAUCAAAGACGUCGAAGACCAGGUGGCACGAGUACCGCAGAUGAUAAAAGAGCUCCAUUGUUAUAUCGCAGUCGAUCAAGGACGGCUUUUACAGAGCGAGAUUUACCAACUACACGAGUUCAACAUUAACAACGCUCAUUGCAACUCCUUAUAGAUGAAAAUCGGUGCAAGUUUUACAUUCUUUUCUUCUAUAAUGAACUAUUCAACUGUGUUUUAUAUUCAUUCAAAUGAAAUAUUUGAUAUUUUCAUCAACACCAUUUUAUUUAUGAUAAAUUGAUUAUUUAAAAAUAACUUAGGACAAAACAUGUAUUAAUAUAAUAUGUUAAUAGUAAAAGAGGCAUAUUGAGUAUGAACAAUUUGUACAUAAUUCAUAUACAAAUUUGUUAGCUUUAAAUAAUAUUAUAGUCUAAAGGAACUUAAUUGUAUUAAUAAUAUCCUAUUUUUUAAUUAAAAUAUGUUAAUUAGUAGAACUAUUAUUUUUUAUUAUUUACUCAAAUCAUUCUUACUAAACUAAUAGUAAAACAAAACUUUUCAACCCAAGUAGUAAAUUGUAAAUUAAUUUUAUACUAGAAUUGAUUCAAUUAUUUUAUUAUUUAUUAGUAACAUUUUAUUAUUUUAGUGAAAUUUUAAUUUUUAAUACCUGUUUUACCGUUGAAUCUUAAAAAUUUUAUUUUUGUUCAAAAAAGUAAGGAUAUUAUAUUUAAUAUGUUUAAUGCAUUGUUUUUUAAUUGCCUCUUCUACUAUUGUAGUUGUUCAUCAUUAAGCAUAAUUUUUUUUAUUUAUAUAUAUAUAUUAUAUAAUAUAAAUAAGAAGUUGACUAACAAGCUGUGUUAUUGAGAUCAUAUUUUAAUGACAUCUUAUAUACCUUAUGAUACUAAUAAAAAAUCAAAUAAUUUUUCAAACCUGUGAUACUUAUGACAUUUAAGAUAAAUUAGUUUGAAUUAACAAUUUUAUGUAACAAAUUUUUUAAAAUAUCCAAUUUUUUAAGAUAAUUAAACAAUUAUAAUAAAAUAUUGAAAUAACGUUGAUAAAAUAAUGAGACUGUCCCGUAUAUUGUUGCUCAUUUAUGUAGAUUAAAUAAACAAAAAAUUUUACUAUUAUGUAAGUAUAUUUGCGAAUUAUACAACAUCUUAAUUAUAUACCUUUAUUUCAAUACCUAUCAUGUGAAUUAUUUACAAGUCAAUGGAAAUAAUUUAGUAUUUUUUUUUUCAAACUACUGUUGAGUUGUAUAAAAGUUCUAUUAUUUCUUAAUUCUUAUGGUAUUGUUAUUUAUAUUCUUGUAUCUUGAAUGUUUCUAUUUUUAAUGCAAGUGUCAUCAGAUGUAAAAAUCAAAAUUUUUUAAAUCUCUAAUGCUUAUAUUUUUUGAUUUUAGACUUUUGUAUAAUAACUUAAACUAGAAUAUCAACGCAACUGUUAUA